AUGCUUGAGAAACUGGUGUUUCCCAUCUUCACGCUGUAUGCAUCUGUUUGUGUUUGGGGAGGUUGUUUUGGUUUGGAGGUUAAAACUGGUGAGGUGACUGAUGUAAAAAUUGGUCAAUGGAGGUCUUUGCAUCUUGCUCAGGCUUGUCUUGGAGCAAUUGAUGGGGAAGGAGAUGAUCCUGUUCAUUUGUACAUCAUAGUCGAUGGAAAAAGAUUUGUACUUGCAACUCUUUAUCCUAAGUCUCUGCCAACCCAAGAAUUUAACUUGGUGUUUGUCGAAAACUUUAAAUUAUCUCACGACAUGAAAAACACGAGUGUUCACUUCUUUGGUACCCAAAAUCUACAAUUGAGUAAAAUUAUUAAAGAUUCUGAUGAUGAAAAGGAAGAGACAAGUAUUGAAAAUUCUGAUGAUGAAGAGGAAGAGAUAGCUGUUGGGUUAUAGUUAUUUUGAGCAUGUUAAUUAGAAUUAAAGUUGUGGUCAUUUGUUUGUUUUUCUUUUACCGAGUCCUUAAGAGAAUGUGGAGUGUUGGGUGAAUUAAUCUUGUGUA